AUGACCAUAUGUCAUAUUUCUUUAAGUUUUGUUAUAGGAUUGCUAGACGUUUUUACACCUGCAACAUCAAUAGAAAACUUCAAUGAAGUGUAUCUCGUGACAAAUUUAAUGGGUGCUGACCUGAAUAACAUUGUGAAGUGCCAGAAGUUAACAGACGACCAUAUACAGUUUCUCAUCUAUCAGUUACUUAGAGGUCUUAAGUAUAUUCACUCAGCUGGAAUAAUCCACCGGGACCUGAAGCCCAGUAACCUAGCCGUAAAUGAAGACUGUGAACUGAGGAUCUUAGACUUUGGUUUAGCUCGACAAACCGAUGAUGAAAUGACUGGAUAUGUUGCAACAAGAUGGUACAGAGCUCCAGAAAUUAUGCUAAACUGGAUGCAUUACAAUCAGACAGUUGACAUCUGGUCAGUUGGAUGUAUCAUGGCAGAGCUAUUGAAAGGGAAGGCCCUAUUUCCAGGAAAUGAUUAUAUCGAUCAACUAAAGAGAAUUAUGGAAGUUGUGGGCACACCCAGUUCUGAACUUCUGAAGAAGAUAUCAUCAGAGCACGCAAGAAAAUACAUUGAAUCUCUUCCACAUAUGCCUCAGCAGGAUUUGAAAGCAGUAUUUCGUGGUGCAAACCCAUUAGCUGUAGAUCUUCUUGAGAAGAUGCUUAUACUAGACAGUGAUAAAAGAAUUACUGCCUCAGAAGCACUUGCACAUCCCUACUUCGUGCAGUAUCACGAUCCAGAUGAUGAACCUGAGGCAGAGCUGUAUGACGAGUCAAUAGAGAAUAAGGAGCGAACCAUAGAUGAAUGGAAAGAACUCACCUAUGAAGAAGUGAUUAGCUUUAAACCCCCUGACUUAAAAAUGGAUAGCCUGGAGAUAGAACAGUGAAUACAGGCAGCUCUGGCUUGUCUUGCUGCACUAUGAAGACUCUUAAAAUAUAACCAUGCCAUUUAACCUCUGGUCAGAUGUAGAUUUUGCUAUCCAAAGAUGUUGAAGAAGAUGUGGAAAAGCAGAUACUUUAUACAGAAGCCAGAUAAUGUCCAUUUCGGGUGGGGUUUCUUUUGCCUUGUAAUAUGAAUGUAUUUCCAACUCACAAAAGGUGAUAAAAAACUGCUUCAUUCUGACAAAAUUAUGCACUGAGUUCUGUCAAGCUGCGUGUUCUGCAUGUUUCAUUUUAUCAGUUGAACUGCCAAAAUAAAGGUGACUUUUAAAAUUAAGUUUUAAAUUGUACAUUUAAAGCAUGAAUGUAUACAAACAUAAACAUAGAAGUCCAUAGAAACAAUC